AUGACUGGUGAUUUUAACAUUCAUGUUGUUGUUCCUAGUGAUAUUAAACAUACACGCCUGUUGGGUUAGUUGCAGUCCAUUGGUUUGCAACAACAUGUUGAUAAACUGACCCGGGUGUCCUGCCAUAUCCUGGAUCUAGUGAUUACAAGGGAUGUAAAUGAGCUAAUAUCAACAACUCCUACUGUAGAUUACCACUUCUCUGGUCACUUUACCCUGAUCUGUGAUUUGAGAAACCAUCGUUUAUCGUCAAGGAGAUAGCCUUCUGGAAAAUUAGGAGUACUGACGCAGAGUCAUUCUCGCAUAAUGUGCUCGGCCCUUAGUCGAGACAGUACUGAUUACCUUAAAGAUUUGGGUACUUUGUACAACAGAACAUUAUCCAAGAUAGUAGAUCUUCAUGCACUACUGGUAACAAAGACGUUCAUAGAAAGACCUCUUGUACCAUGGUAGAAUGAUGGAGGUCAGGUCAGGGGUAAUCCUGCUGCUAGCUGGUGAAAAGAGGGUAGCAUGCUACCCUCCAGGACUUAAAAUAACACCUAAUAAGUGACGGAUGAGCUCGUUCGCGUACCAACGGCCAACAUGCAAGAGACAUGACAACAUACAGAAACUAAGGUUUAAAUUGUAUCCUACCCUCCAAAAGCAUCCUCACCAUCCAAGUGUCGCCGCAGACAGGGGGCAAAGCGGAAACAGUCUGCAGCUACUCCUUCCGAAUAAUAAUAACUCAGACAAGGGAGGUGGUAAUCAUCAUUAGUCUGACUACAUCAAGCAUCAACCGAAAACGAAGAGGUCUGCUGCGGCUGAUAUAGACCAAAUCUCCCUUAGCAAGCCAAUUAUCAUAUCAACUUAUAAUGUCAGGUCCUUAUACCAGCUGGGCAAGUUAAAUCAGUUGUGCUGCGGUAGAGGCAGGCGGUAGAAGCAGGUCUUGAAAUCACUGUCGUAGAAAAGCAUCGCCUUAUCUCAUUCACUCUGAUAACAGAACUGUGGUCUGAUGACAAGAAGUGACUGUUCAUCCAAAAUUUCAUUUCCAAAUGCCGAAGGGGUUGCGGCCUCCUUGUUAAAAGACAAUUGGUCAAAAGCAUCUCCGGUUCAAAACACCUAUCGGACCGCAUCAUCUCUGUAUUUCUCAACGGCAACCCGAGACUCGUGGUUACAAUAGUGUACGCUCCAAAAGAGUCGGUUAACACCGACGAUGAUUAUCAAUUCUACAACCUGCUCAACACCCAUACAUCCGACAAGGUCAACUGUCACGAUAUUGAUCUUGUUAUUGGAGAUUCUAAACGCUGACUAGGCCAAGGCAAUCUCGAAAAAGCACCGAGAGUUGUGGGUUCUCACAACAAGCAUUAACGGCGAAAGACUUCUCAAUUUCUGCUUUGCAACUAACCUUGGACUUGAUUAAUCCAGGGACUAACUCUGUCAGGAAUUAUAAAACGUACAAUAGUGUAGAGCUCGACUUCGACCACCGCAUCCUAACUGUGACUUUUAAAGUGAGUCUUAGAGCUACAAAAGGUAAACCUGUAAGUCGCAAAUAAUACAAUUGGAAGAGACUCGCGAAUGCUGCGCUGACAUCAGCAUUUCUGCUAAAGCUACCGAACAGCUAAUCAUCAUCAGGUCCAGUCAGCUUUAAAGAAUAACAAGAAACACUGCAGAAGAGGUAGUUGGCAAGUGAGUUUCAAAUGGCUUACUAAACGUGGUCUCCAAAGAAACAAGACUUGCGGAAAGCUCGAAAUGACACCAAAAGCAAGCACCUGCUCCUUAACACAGCCACCUCCAGGAAGAGAUUGAAGGAUCUGAACAGGUCAAAAAGAGGGAGAAGAGUGACCCAAUUAGUCACCAAGAACUUCUCGAUGAAUGGAAGAAGUACCGUAGCACUCUUCUGAACAACACCACCGCUAUUGAUACUGCUAGACCACAGCCAGAUGAACCGGUUCUCCCAAUCCACACAGCCUAA